AAGACAAAUAAGUAUAAUCCACAUCAUCAUUUUAUAGGCAUUUUUGUAUAAUCUUGAGGCCCGCGCGUCCGUCGUCGUCUAUAUAUUGCGUAGCCCCCAACACCGCUUCCAUCACGUACGUACUCACCCCCCACCCCACACGGCCCGACACGUCCGUGCUGGCUCGAUCGUACUUGCACGCCUCACCGCACACCACCACCCACAGCCGGCCAGGGCCAGCAGCCCCCCAACCCAUGACAAUGGCACCUGAGCCCUCAGCCGGCGGAGCGGCACCGCCGGUCGCUAGUAGGGUGUGGGAGUGGGAAGGCAAGGUGGCGUCGGCGGUGGCCGAGGCGACGGCGGACGAGGCGUGGGCGCUGCUGUCGGACUUCCUGGCGUUCCACCGGUGGCACCCGCGCGUGGCCGUGUGCCGGCUGGCGUCCGGCACCCCGCGCGCGCCCGGCUGCGUCCGCUACUGCGAGGGCACCACCACCGCCGGCGCCGGCAGCGACCCCGCCGACUGGGCGCACGAGACGCUGCUGGAGCACGACGACGAGCGCCGGUUCUUCCGGUACGAGAUGAACGACAACAACAUGGGCUUCGGCCUCUUCUUCGCCACGCUCCGCGUCGUCCCGGCCGCCGCGGGCGUCGGGUGCGAGCUGCGGUGGGAGUUCGAGUGCGAGCCCGUGCGCGGCACGCCCAGGGAGGCGCUCGUCGCGCGCCUGCAGGCCGGACUCGACGGCAUGGCGGCGCGCGUGCGUGACCACGUCCUGGCUGCGCGCGCCGGUGCCGGCGCCGCCGCCCCUGCUGUGGUCGCCGCGGGGCUGGAGGCCGCCGGUGAGCUCGUCGUCGUCAAGCUCGACAGCUCCAUCGCCGCCGUCUGAUUCGACGAUCCAUCAGACGGCUUGUUGGUGCUGUCUGCUGCUCACGCUAGCUCUCUCACCCGACCUGUCGCGCGCUGCCCAUCGUGUUUACUUUGAUCUCGUCGCCGUGAUUUUUUAGCUGGUUGUGUGUGCCGCCGCGAUAAUCCCUGCAUAGAUUAUUGUAUGCAUGUAGUAUAACCGCGUACGAGUACGACCGAUCGCUACUGCUUUCUUCUCACCCUCUUCUGCCUUUUAUUACCGUAUAUACUCCUAUCUACUGUGUCUAGGUAAGUACUGUACGUGUGCUGUGGUAGUACGUAUUGUUGUACCUUGCCUGGAAUAAAUGUAACGAGUGGGUUAAUAAUCACCGGUGUACUUAUUAGAUCCUGCUUAGAUUCCAUAUAGUUUAAAGUUU